UUUAUCUAGUUCUUUAUUAACCGCGCUAUAAUCCUCAUAAUCCUGUACAAGUUGCAUCACCAACGCACCAUAAGUCAUAACAAAUAGUUCAGCGUUCUUAUCUGGUUUCGCCCUCCAUUGAUCUUCACCGUAUUGCUUCAACUUAUUAGCGUUCAUUCUUCCUCGUUGUUGCUCUACAACCAACAUCUAAAGACUGAAAUGUCGUUUAUCGACUUUGAAGCGCCUACGAAUUUCAUAGAACGAGAGAAAGAUAUCGAUUUAGACAACUUGGACAACUUCGACAGUGGUCUGACAUCCAAGAAACGUGAUAGAGAGGAGGACGUCGAUGAGAUAUUUAGAUCUUUGGAUGACGAGGAUAAUGAUGAUGGUACAACACCUCUCAAUUCCACCUCUGCUUUUGAUAAUGACAAAGAUAACGAUGAAGCUGGUACCGAGAAACCUAAACGUGUACUCGCCAAGAUAGAUCCAGAGAGACUACUCGGUCAGAAUGGCUUGCCUGCUUUACUCGCAAGUUCAAAGAACUGGAAAUUCAAAGGAAAAGGACACGAGAUAGAGGAUCUCAAGAAGCUACUCUCAUAUUACCAAUUGUGGGCUCAUAAGAUGUUCCCAAAAACUCAAUUCAGCGAUACGAUAGAGAAAGUCGAAAAGAUCUGUCAUCAACGACGUAUGGAGGCUGCGUUAAAGGGUUGGAAAGACGCAAACGAUCAUAAGCGAACUCUCGAACUUGAGGGAGGCGUAGAAAUACCAGAUAACCUCGAACGCGAACAAGAAAUGGAUAUAAAUAUCGACCAAAAUAACACCACGGACGUAGGUAACGAUGAUAGACGAUCAGCAUCACCCGCACUCUUCAGAUCACCUUCUCCUCCUGCCGAUAUACCACCUGACGAGGAUAUAGAACAUCUUCAAAGGAACGACGACGAGGCUACACGGGAUGCACUCGAGAAUGAAGCAUUAGCAGAACUCGAGAAAGAACUUGGAGGGUUUUAACUUAUUAUUCUCUCAUUUGUUGUACUUUUAAAAGCUUUUCAAAUAGGCUUGCGUUUGACUUGCUAUCAUACUCCUUACUUAUCUGGCGUAGAAGCCCUUCUAUGUCUUCA